GUACCUAGUAAAAGUCAAAACUAAAAUGUCAAAGUAAAAAAUGUGUGCACCGGUGCACAGCUGAUUUUGUUGUUUAUCUUUAUUUAACUAAUAAUAAACCUGAGUUUUCUAUGAUAUGAAAUCAAAGCUAUAAAUAAUUGUGCAUGAGGCGAAUACUUUAUUAUUGCUGUACGAAUAGAGGCAUGAUUUUUAUUUUAGUUGCAUUACUACUAUUCUCGUGCGUUUCCUUUAAUUUAAACGCAUUUGCCGAAGAUUAUUCUAAACGAGAAAAUAAUGGGCAAGAAUUACUAUUAUGCCGCAAAUGUGGGGCUGACGUGGCGGACUCUUAUUACUUGUUUAGUAAGCCCAGCCCCGGAGCUCACAAGACGGAAAAACAAAAUUUGUUUGGGAGACAGAAUGUAACAGUGCAAACAUUAGUGAAUCCCUUUGGCAUUAAGUUUGAAGUGGUUACUGCAGAGAAAGCGCGAUGCGAAAAUAUUGGUCCACAUCAGGGUGCAGAUUCUUGGUUUCCUGGCUAUGUUUGGCGGAUCUGCACAUGCCCUCACUGUGGCCAACAUUUGGGAUGGACAUUUGAAAUGUUAGAUACACCAGACAGUAAAGAAUCGUCCCCUAAAAAAAUCCAUUCCUUCCAUGGACUGAUUUUAAAUAAUAUACUUGGAGAAAACUUUACAGAUUCGUUGAUAAUGAUGCCGAAAGUGCUUAAUAUGUAAAGGAUCUGAAAAUAUAAUAUGUAUCUAA